AUGCUAGUAGAUAAGCAGAAUUAUCCUUAAAAACAAUUCCAAUAUUCCAUUAUUUGUUAAAUUGCAAUGAAAUCAAGAUAAAAUUGGUUUUGUUAAUAAUGUAUAGCUUUAGAUUAAUCAAAUUCAAUAAUUUUGAUUUCGGAAGAAUCAUUAAUUAGAGUUUUUUAAUUCAAUAAAAUCUCACUUAAAUAGAUUUAACUCCUUAAAAAUCAUAGAGCAAACAUAAAAACUUUAAGAUUUUUUAAUAAAAAAGAAAGAAAGUUUUUUUCAGGUUCAGAAGAUUCUUCAAUUAUAAUAUGGCCAUAAUAGUUGAAUUCAUAAGUUAAAUUUAUUUAAAAAUUAAAAGGACAUAUAGAAGGCAUUACUUGUAUGAUAAUAAAUGGUGAUAACAAUUUAAUAAUCUCUGGUGGUGGAGAUUCAUGUAUCAAAUUUUGGACUAUAUUAUCACCAAAUGAUACAGAAUUAGAUAGAAAUAUCAAACAUCUUUAGUGGUCCUGUUAAUAAACUAUAAGCGAUAUAAAUAAUAGAAUUUUAAGUUUAUCCAUUAAUAAUUUAGGAAAUUAAGUAAUCUCUUGUUGUUCUCAGAAUUAAAUUUUAGUUAUCGAAUAUUCAACUUUUUCAUCGAUAUGGAUGGUUAAAUAGAAAAUUAAAGUAGAUAUUUGGGGCCGUUUUAUUUCAUUUCUUGAUAAUAAUUUCUUUGUAUUCUUUCCAUAUGAUGGAAAAUAUUUAUACCAAUAUAGAACUAACUCUAUUAAUAAUUACUUCAAAAUAUCCAGUAUAUUAAUUUCAUGCGGAGAAUAAUUUUCUGAAUUACCUCCCAUUUAUUUAUCUGAUUAAAAAUUACUAAUUAUUUGGGGUUUUUUUUCAUUAAACUUUUUUAGAAUUACAUAGAACAAAAAAUAAUCUUGUAAAAGAAAGGAAACUUUUGAGUUUCAGAAGGAACAUAAAAUAGAAUUCAAAUAAAAUUGUCUGAAAGCUAUUAUAAGCUAAAAUGGAUAAUAUUUGAUUUCAUGGAAUUAAAAUUAAUCAUGGAUUUAAAUAUGUCAAUUUUAAGAAAUAUGA